AUGCUGCGUCAGCGGAGGACGCUGAUUACCUCUCGGCCAGUUGCACUAGCGUCGCUGUUGGGGCGGCCAUCUGCAGCUGGCGCGAGGGCGCUGGUUCGCCAUGGGCAAGCCUUUUCCACCAACCGCAGCACCGCCUUCUCCUCAUCUCGCUGGAGAAGCCCCCUGCUGCUGGCUGCCGUCACCGCGAUGAGUGCCGGUGCCGCCUUUGGAUUGCAUCGUCAUCGCUCAGCUUUCGCUCUGCAGCCUCAGCCUGGCACAGAAGCUGAGGAGUAUGAGGACGAGGGCUAUCAGCGCUUACUCAUGGGCCUGAUGGACUCUGCCAGGGACGAUGGUGAAGAUGGCGAGGGCGACCUGGCCGACGCCAUUGUGUUUGAGCCUGAGGAAGAGGUAAAGGAGGAGGAAAAGGAGAAAGACGAGGAAGAGCUGCUGCCGGCAUCUCGCGUGCUCGGCGCCGGGCGAGCCAAGAUUGCCAACGAAGAGGCCGAAGCUCGUGGCGGCGAUGAUGGUGAAGAAGGAGAAGAACAAGACAAGCCACACGCUGGAGCAAAGGUGGUGCUCAGGUACCCGCCGUGGAUGCAGCCGGGCGAGUCCAACGAGGUGGCCCAGUUCACCAUCCUCGGCGCAUCGCCCCACGGCCAGAAGGACGGCGUCGUGGACAUGCUCACCAUGCUGACCACCACCCCUCCCGUCCACCGCAUGCGUGAUCUGUAUGAGUUCCACCGGGGCAUACGAGACGAGAUCGGGAAGCAGGCGCGCAUCGUCAAGCCCCGCAUGCGUUGGCUGGUGGCGGGCCGACCCGCUCUGGGCUUCGUCACCGCCUUCACCGGCUGGGGCAAGACCCUGGUGUCGACGUACGUGGUCACGGCGUACAACAAGACGGGCUACGUGUUGGUGUUCAACACCAUCCACGACGGUGAGGCGCCGCUGCCGCAGUGCUUCGCACGUCACCAGGAGGAGAGCGACGAGGCCUUCGAGUACAUCCUGCGCACCGUCACCUUCCGCCCUGCCCCUCCCCCGUCUCCUUCUGCGUCCCUGCCCUCCUCGUCCUUCUUCCUCUCCGCCUACGAAAAGACCAAAUAA